UCCUUUCGGCUGAGAAAGUAAACAUGCAACGUAGAUCAUGCUUUUACCCAGACAGGAAAUCGACAGGGAUGAUCAUAAUGUAUGGGAGACAACAGUUUAAGCAAGGGCCUUGUCAUGCUGGAACAUACAUCAUUUGAAGACUGCCAGUGACAGCUGUUCAGACAUCAAGUAGAAGUUCAUUAUACCACCUCAGUGCUGGAACAGAAAAGAGUCUCUAACCUUGAGCUUAAGUGUGGACGGUGUUCUGCAAUAUGGCUCGAUGGAAACCCAUCACAAACCUGAGGAGUAACAUUAUACAUCAUCCUCCAGUGGCUGUGUUUUUCAUGUGCCUGCUCCUUCUAGCUGGGGCUUUCAUCAGCAUUGGGAUAUACUCGAAAAACCAUGACAUCCGGAACCCAGACAUUAGCAUGGACUGGAAUCAGAUGCUCGGCUCUCUGGCAGAUUUGAAGUUCUGCACACAGUUAAACGAUACAGAUCUAUUAAACGAAAAGCCGGAUAUGAACUCACCUCCACUGUUAAAUCAUGCUGAUGAAUUGAUCAACAACACACAAAAAAAAAGUUUGUUUCUUCUAGUGACUUUGAGGACUGAUGGAGACUACAUGAAUUACAACAGCAUUAGUGACACAUUAUUGGGAAGUCAGUUGGGCCUCAAAGGCUCUGCUGGGAAACAGACUUUAAAUGUAACACUGUACUUGCAUGUAUCAGCCACUGAGUCCUCAUUUAUCCAAAAACCCUUGAACAUGCAAGCAAAGCCUCAGUUCUAUGAUUCUUGUCUGAGGAUUACAGCUCCAAACCACAUUCUGCCUCAAACUCCGUUACCACCACAGUGUCCUUCUAGUAAAAACCUGGAGAAAAACAUACCUUCUGUAAGGGCACUUGCUAUAAAAUCAGGAGAAAAGAGUGCUAAUGGACCUGCAUGUUUCAGCUUGGAAUUUACCCCUGACCCCAAACUGACUGUCUUUCUCACUCAGGAUGAAAAAAGUCUUGCUAGAUAUCACCUGCUGUUGGUCAGUAUUGUUCUUUUGGCUCUCUGCAUCACGAUGUGUUUCUCAGGAACUGUUACCUGUUCCAAAUCACGCCAUCAUCUUGCAAAUGAUUCUCAAAAGGAAACUCUGCUUGGGUGACGAGGAUAAGAAGUGCAUCAGGAGUAGUGCACAAGCGUUACUGCUUAUCAAUCACUGUGAAAGUCUAUAUGAUUGAUCUGUGAAUUGCAUCCUUUGAUUUGCUCCAAAACAGAUGUAUUACACAAUAAAAGUGUUUCGCAGA